GUGGCUUUUCGCACUCCGCACGUCUCGCGCAGCUAACGUUGUCUCGCUCACACAAAAUACCGGAAGCCGCCGUGACGUCAUCAUUAUCAAUCAAACAAAAAAACAUUUAAAUUUAGAACCAAGUUUAUCGUUAUAAUUGUGUCUAUGUUCUGUAAUUAUAAUUAACAAUGAAGCGGUCCGGUUUAUACUUGUGUGCUUUUAUAAUUAUAGUCGAGUUUAGUGUUAUUGUUUACUUAUUGGCGCAUAGUGGCAAAGUGGUGGAACCAAACCAUAAUCCUGUAUUACUAGAAGUGUAUCCGUGUAGGAAUACGAAGGAUAUAUCGGUGUGGUUCGAGCCAGGGCUGUCACCGACGGAGAAAUAUCGUUACUACGCGUACGUCAAUAAAGCCUUCGCUGCACAUAGUGUUGUCAACUUAACCUUCGAUGCUAAAGUUAACGCCACUUUCACUAUCAAAACGAAUGAAGCAACAUUUUCAAGGAUUUCAUUGGCUGGCGGCGACCUCUUCACCCUUCGGUUUGUGGCCCCGCAAGAAGGCCUCGGCGUCAUCGUGCAAGGCCUCACCCCAGGCCUCGCCCCCAACUUGAUAGGCCUCACUGUCAAUGAUGUGGAGUUCUGCGAUAAUCCUGACGUGGAAAUCCUUGGUAAAUACGCUCUAACUGUAAAUUCGUCACAGGAGAGAGAGAAAACAUGGCAAGCGGAGAGUCACAGGCUCAUGAAGGAGGACCUCAGUCACUGCGGCAGACGCGGUGUUGACUCGGAGCUGGUGGUGGAUGGGGAGGCGACGCCGGGCGCCUGGCCUUGGUAUGCGGCGCUGUUCGACAGCAGUACGAGCAACUCCAAGUAUUACUGUGCUGGCACACUCAUAGCGAACAACUAUGUAUUGACAGCCGGUCAUUGCACUAUCAAUAGAAAAGCGGAAAACUUGAUUGUAACGCUCGGAAAACAUGACAGAAAUAGUCUGAACUAUUCCGCACUAUUUACAGAGAGAAAGGUUGAAAAAAUAAUAGUUCCCAAGACUUAUGACAUGUACAUGAUGGUUGACGACAUAGCGCUGCUGAAGUUGGAGAAGGCACCCAGUGCGACGGCGCAGCCUGCUUGCCUGUGGCGCGGGCCGACCAGCUCGAUGGAGACGAUCAAUGGCACAGUAGUCGCGUGGGGGUUCGACGAGUAUGACAAGCCGAUGCCGAGUCUCCAGCAAGCCAACAUGCCAACGGUGUCCAACGCCAUUUGCACAGACGCACACCCCGACUUCACUCUCGUACUCAACAAGAACAACUUCUGUGCGGGAUAUUCUGCACAAGGAACUUCAGUAUGCAAUGGCGAUGGUGGAAUGGGUUUUCUGGUGUUCAAUCCAGAUGAUCAGUCCCCUGGCGGAGGCGGAAAGGUGUCAGGCUCCUGGCACUUAAGGGGACUUUUGUCCUUCAGCGCACAGCCCUCAUCCCUCAUCUCGUGUGGGGAGAGCUUCGCAGUGUUUACUAAUGUAGACAAAUUCCGGGAAUGGAUCCUCACUCAGUUGGAUGACUGAUUGUGACCGUGGCUGAACCGUGACUUUGCAAGGGCCAGGGCGAGGUUGUGGGGUUGUCUGUUCAGACUAGAUCAGUUGGAGGACUGACUCUUAUAACACGAGGUCUUCACUUUAAAAAAUCGAUGUGUACACUAGUGUAGUUUUACUUUCAUUUUUCGUAUUUAUGGGUCUUAGCAAAGUGGCACUUCGAUUUACAUGUAGCACUUAUCCGUGUUUACAGAAUGUUUGACAAAAAGUAGUCUAUGCGUUUUUGGGCUAUAAAUUAAUCUAAAUUCCAAACUUCACGAAGGAGUUAUAAACAUUCACACUUAUUAUUAACAAAUUAUAACGACGUAUAACGUGCAAUACAUGAAUGCAGGGCAGGGUUUUCAGGGAUGAACUGAAAAACAAAAAUUUGUGACAAACGUUUGAAAAAUGCCACCCAUUAGGGGAUAGGAUACAUUGCGAUCCCCCUAAGAGAAGAUUUCAAUUAAAGUGUGUUAAUAAAGCCCUUAAUUAGUAAAUUCUACGACUAAAUAAUUUAUCACUCUACAAAUUAAUAAGGUUUCUAAUGAAUUAUCUAGAAGGAUAUCUCUCCUAUUUCGUUUUUAGUCAUGGUCUAUCAAACGAUACCCUGAAAAUAGACAAAAUCAUUCAUUCCAUUUGACUCAAAUCAUCAUCUAUUUUUGAAGUUUGAAGUUGUGUUUUGAAGAAGAAAACAAAAGUACCUAAGUGCGAUGUGGGGAUUGAACUCUAAAUCUUCCAAGUUUGAGUCAAUCCUCAUAUUGCUGAGUUGACGGCUUCUAAACAGGUUAGCAACUUCGAGCUGGCGUGACGUAACAAAUUGUAUGUGUUAAAGACGAAUUAAGUUAACCAUCACUUUGUCUUCCAAUUCAGUCGUUACACGUCUUUGACCAUGGCCAACGCAUUAGCAUUUUUAUAUUCAAAAUAAUAUAUUUGUAUAUUGAAAACCAGA